GGUCAGCCCGUUACGUUAAUUAACGUCUUUCCUUUGUUACUCUUAAUAGCAUAAAGUCAAUAACAAUGCUCCUAGCUGCUUCUUUAAUAGAUAACCCUCGUCUAUUUUUGUUUAGCGGGCAAGGUUGGUUAGCCACACAAGCUAACUGGCUGCAAUAAUAUAUAAAGUAUACCUGUGGCAAAAGAAAAAACACUUCACUCCUAAUAACCGCCGGAACGAGUCUCACUAAAUGGGAGUACAGUGGCGGGAUGAAACACGCUUAAAAAAGCUCAGUCUUACUUAAUACUAGUCAUUUUUUCUUUCGGUUUCGUUUUGUCCUUAAAAGUGAGGUCGGGUGUCCAACAUGUCGAAGCGAAGAAACACAGCUGUUAGUGAAACCCCAAACAAACGUCUCCGACCUGCCGAGAAUGGUGAAAAUGAGGACGACGAGGAUCAGGAUAUUGCUGAAAGUGAGCAAGGAGACUCCGCUCUGAGUAAACGGUUUCAGUGUUCUGGUGAUGUGGUGAGUGAUGCAGGGAUAGUUGAGAGCAUCACCCUGAAGAACUUCAUGUGUCACUCACUUCUUGGACCAUUUGCAUUUGGUUCCAAUGUCAACUUUGUUGUUGGUAAUAAUGGAAGUGGGAAAAGUGCCAUUCUGACAGCUCUCAUAGUUGCCUUAGGAGGGAAUGCACAGGCUACAAAUAGAGGAUCCUCUUUGAAGGGUUUUGUGAAAGAAGGAGAAAGUUCUGCUGAUGUGUCAAUCACCCUGCGUAACAAAGGGAGAGAUGCUUACAAGCUUGACGUGUACGGCCCGGCCAUCACCAUAGACCUGCGAAUAACACGGGAAGGGCUGAGAACCUAUAAACUGAAGAGUAACGGAGGUCAGGUCAUCUCUACCAAAAAAGAAGAGCUCAUUUCCAUCUUGGACAAUUUCAACAUUCAAGUUAACAAUCCUGUGUCAGUUCUCACACAGGAAAUGAGCAAAUACUUCCUGCACUCUAAAGGAGAAGGAGACAAGUAUAAGUUUUUCAUGAAGGCUACGCAACUAGAGCAGAUGAGGGAGGACUUUAUUUAUAUCAAAGCCACCAAGCAAGUCACAGAGGAGAAAGUUGAGCAGCAUGGAGAAUGUUUGAAAGACUUGAAGCGUAAAUACCUUGAAAAAGAGGACCGGUACAAGAGCUUAGCUUCACUUGGGGAAAUGCACACCAAACUGGAAGAAUUGCAGAAACAAAUGGCUUGGUCCUUGGUGACUGAAAUGGAAAGAGAGCUGGAACCAGUAAAGGAGAAGUUACAGGCAGACAAACGUUCCACAGAGAAAUAUGAUGAAAAGGUUGAUGAAUGGAAGAAUAAGGUUGAGCAGUCUGAGAAAAAGUACAAGCAGAUUCAGGAACAGCUGGAGGGAAUCACUCAGCAAGUCCAGGAGCUGCAGCCUAAAUGUGCUGAGCUUAAGGCUGAAGCCCAGAAACGCAACAGCCUUCUCAAGUCCUGUGAGCUCACUGUCCAUAGGUGUAGAACUAACCUCAGGGACCUGGAAAAAGACAAAGCCCAGCUGACUUCACGUAUAAAGGAUCUGACUCUGAGCAUCAACCAAACAACUGGAGCAGAGAGCCAGGCGAGGGCAGAACGCAUGGCGCAGAUUCAAGCCGAGCAGGAAAACCUCCGUCUUCACAUUUCCACUCUAGGUCAACAGAUUGACUUGUUUCAACACGCCAGCAACCGUGCCAAAGAAGAGCAAGGAAAGAUGAAAAUGGAGUAUAAUGGGCUCAAGAAAUCCAUCGAAGCAAACAAAAGGAAACUACAGACCAUGAAGAGCAGUCGCUCAAAUCGACUUCGGCGUUUUGGAGAAUAUAUGCCUGCAUUGCUUAGUGCUAUUGAGGAAGCUAACAGCAAAGGCCACUUCAGACACAAACCUCGAGGACCUCUGGGUUACCUUAUAGGUCUGAAGGAUCCAGAGCUGGCAUUGGCUGUGGAAGUAUGUCUUAAAUACCUGCUUGUGGCUUUCACAUGUGACAACUAUGAGGAUGAAAAAGUUCUAAAGAGCCUCAUGGCCAAAGUGUACAAAUCUGGUCAAAGGCCAACCAUCAUCACCAGCCAAUUUCUCCACCAUGUCCAUGAUACAAGAAGAAGGGCUGUGAAUCAUCCCCAAUAUCCCUCUGUGCUCCAAGCUCUGGACAUUGAAGAUCCCAUUGUGGCCAACUGCCUCAUUGAUCAAAAAAACAUUGAGAGCAUUCUUCUUAUUAAGAAUCGCACAGAGGCUCGAAGAAUAAUGCAGGGCAAGAAUCCUCCAGCUAACUGCAUCCAAGCCUUCUCUAAAGAUGGUGACCAGAUCUUCACUAACCGUAAUUAUUCUUCUGAUCAAACCAGACCAAACUACCUCUCAGGGGAUGUUGAGGAAGAAAUCAGGCAUUUACAGAGAGAACUGGAAAACCAGGCAGGUCAGGAAGCUCGUUUCCAGCAACAAAUGAGAAAGUUGGAUGAAGACAUCAAACACAAUGAGGGACUUCUAAGAAAAGUGCUCAUGGAGCAAAAAACCACCAAAGAUAAGGCCACAAAGCUCCAGCUUGAGUUGACAGACCUAGAGAACGUGGAAGAGCCUCAGUCAGAGGACCUCAGGCCACUGGAGGAAGAGCUUCAGGAGAUUGUUGCAAAGAUUUCAUCCAAGCGUGCCGAGUACGAGGAAGCUAAAACCAAAAUGGCCAACCUGAAGGCAGAUUAUGACAAGGCAGACCAGGAAUACAAGCAGCACAAAGAGAACAUAAGCACCAUCACUGAGGAGGCUGAUUCAGUCAAGGACGAGCUGAGUAAAACUGACCAGGAGGUGAUGAAGUGCAAACAUCACAAGAAACACUACGAUGACAAACGCAGUGCCCACCUCCGCAUCAUUCAAACUGUUGAAGCUCAACUUAAAAACAAGGAGGAAAACCUUGCGACUUCUGUCAGUAAGGCCUCUGAGAUUUGUCCAGAACGCCUUGAAGUCCGUCGAACUGCCAAAAGCAUUGACAGUGAAAUUAAUCGUCUCAAAGUCAAGAUCUCAACUCAGCAGGAACAGCAAGGGGACCGUGAGGAGAUUGUGAGGCAAUAUCACGAGGCUUUAGAGAGCUACAAGAAUAUGUCUCAGCAAAUGAGGAGCCUGAACAGCUUCAUCAGAAGUCUGGAUACCGUCAUGAACUACAGACUCCAAGUUUACGCUGAUCUCAGAAAGUUCCUCUCAGCCCGUUGUAAAUACUACUUUAAUAGUAUGCUGGCUCAGAGAGGCUAUAGUGGAAGCAUGACGUUUGACCACAAGAAUGAGACCUUGACCAUCUCGGUGCAGCCAGGCCAAGGAAACAAAGCGGAUUUGAAUGACAUGCGAUCUCUGUCUGGAGGCGAGCGUUCCUUCUCCACCGUUUGUUUCGUCCUCUCUCUCUGGGCAAUCACAGAGUCGCCUUUUCGCUGCCUUGACGAGUUUGAUGUUUACAUGGACAUGGUGAACAGGAGGAUAUCGAUGGACAUGAUGCUGAAAGUAGCUGCCAGUCAGCGCUACAGACAGUUCAUUUUCCUCACACCCCAGAACAUGAGUUCUCUUCCGGUGAGCAAAACCAUCCGUAUCCUCCGCCUGAAGGACCCUGACCGAGGGCAGAACAGCUUUCGCAGUGAAGACCAGUAAUACUCUCCAUUGCAAUGUUGAAUUUGUUAAUGUAAUGUAACGUGUUCAAUUCGUAAAAUUAAAAAAUAAACUAAAAAGAAAAAUG